CUCUAUUCUAUUUCUCUCGUUCACGCACAGAACUGUCAAUUUCGCUAGGCCUCUUUCUGUUUACAGGUGACAGAUAUACAAAGCCUUUGACAUUGAACAAACAAACCCUAAAGUUUUGAUACGAAUUCUCAGACUUCUAUGGCGAUUCUCGGGCCUCGAUCGUCGUCAAUUUGUGGAUUGAUCGGUUUGUAAGCUCAUUCCUGUUUUAGCCGAUAGUACGAAUCGGCUUGAUUCGUCACCAUGUUCGAGGCUCACGUUCUGCAUUUGCUUCGAAGGUACUUGGGUGAAUAUGUCCAUGGGCUCUCAGUUGAGGCUUUAAGAAUCAGUGUCUGGAAAGGUGAUGUUGUUCUCAAGGAUUUGAAAUUGAAGGCGGAGGCUCUCAAUUCACUAAAACUUCCAGUCACUGUGAAGGCUGGUUUUGUUGGUACCAUAACAUUAAAGGUUCCCUGGAAAAGUUUGGGCAAAGAACCUGUGAUUGUUCUCAUUGAUCGUAUCUUUGUUCUUGCUCAUCCUGCUCCUGAUGGUCGGACUCUCAAUGAGGAGGACAGGGAAAAACUUUUUGAAGCGAAACUUCAACAAAUUGAGGAAGCAGAGUCAGCAACCCUGGAAGCAAUAUCAAGGUCAAAGCUAGGAAGCCCACCUCCUGGGAAUUCUUGGCUAGGUUCUCUAAUUGCUACCAUCGUUGGAAAUCUUAAGAUAUCAAUUAGCAAUGUACAUAUUAGAUAUGAGGAUUCUGUCAGUAAUCCAGGAAGUCCAUUUUCUUCAGGCGUUACUUUGGCCAAACUAGCCGCUGUUACGAUGGAUGAGCAGGGAAAUGAAACCUUUGACGCUAGUGGUGCUCUGGAUAAAUUGCGGAAGUCAUUGCAGCUUGAGAGACUUGCCAUGUAUCACGAUUCUAGUAGCCUUCCUUGGGAGAUAGAUAAGAGAUGGGAGGAUUUCAGUCCGAAAGAAUGGAUCGAGAUAUUUGAAGAUGGUAUAAAGAAACCUGCUGCUGACCAUGGAAUGUUGUCUAAGUGGGCUAUGAAUCGCAACUACUUGGUGUCACCUAUCAAUGGAGUCUUGAAAUAUCAUCGCCUCGGGAAUCAAGAAAGAAAUGAUCCAGAGGUUCCGUUCGAGAAGGCCUCUCUUGUCCUAAGUGACGUCUCCUUAACAAUUACAGAGGCACAGUAUCAUGAUUGGAUAAAACUGUUGGAGGUUGUGUCAAGAUACAAGACAUAUGUUGAAGUUUCUCACUUAAGACCAGUGCUGCCAGUUUCAGUUGCUCGUCAUCUAUGGUGGCGGUAUGCUGCUCAAGCUGGCCUGCAGCAGAAGCAAAUGUGUUACCGAUUCUCGUGGGAAAGAAUUCAGCAUCUUUGUCAUCUUCGUCGGCGUUAUGUUCAGUUGUAUGCUGUUUCGCUGCAACAUACGUCAAAUGUUAAUAGUGAAGAAAUUAGAGAAAUUGAGAAAGAUCUUGAUUCCAAAGUAAUUCUUUUAUGGAGGUUACUUGCACAUGCCAAGGUUGAAUCUGCGAAAUUGAAGGAGGCAGCUGAGCAGAGGAGGCUUAAAAGGAGAAGCUGGCUUUCAUUUAGAUGGCGGGCACACUCUGAGGAUGACUCUGUUGGGGAUGCUUCUAAGGAAUUACAGUUAACAGAGGAAAGACUGACUAAAGAGGAAUGGCAGGCAAUCAAUAAUUUACUAAGCCAUCAGCCAAAUGAUGAGUUGAUGUCACAUUCAGGAAAGGACAUGCAGAAUAUGAUCCAAUAUUUGGUAACUUUAUCAAUCGGCCAGGCUGCUGCUAGGAUCAUCGAUAUAAAUCAGACAGAGAUUGUUUGUGGUAGAUUUGAGCAACUUCAUGUGUCUACCAAGUUUAAACAUCGCAGUACCCACUGUGAUGUGUUAUUGAGAUUCUAUGGUUUAUCAGCGCCUGAAGGUUCACUUGCACAGAGUGUCUCUAAUGAGCAGAAGGUGAAUGCAUUAGCUGCUAGUUUUGUACACUCACCGGUUGGGGAGAAUGUCGACUGGAGGCUUUCAGCUACAAUUUCUCCCUGCCAUGUUACGGUUUUAAUGAAAAGUUGUGCGCGCUUUUUAGAGUUUAUGAAGAGAAGUAAUGCAGUUAGUCCUACUGUUGCAUUGGAAACUGCAGCUGCUUUGCAGAUGAAGAUUGAGAAGGUGACUCGUAGAGCACAGGAGCAAUUUCAAAUGGUAUUAGAAGAACAGAGCAGGUUUGCACUUGACAUUGAUUUUGAUGCCCCAAAAGUUAGAAUUCCUAUCAGAACUUUUAGCUCUGCCAAAUGUGAUAGCCAUUUUCUUUUGGAUUUUGGUCAUUUCACGUUGCACACCACGGAAUGUCGGUCGGAUGAUCCCAGGCAGAAUCUGUAUUCUCGUUUUCUUAUAUCUGGAAGAGAUAUUGCUGCUUUCUUUACAGAUUGUGGUUCUGACUGUCAGAACUGCCCUUUAGUCUCACAAAACUACAGUAGUCAGCAAAUUGUAUCUUCUAUGCCAGAAAAAAAUGACAAUUUCUGUCCUCUGGUUGAUAGGUGUGGAAUGGCAGUACUUGUUGAUCAGAUUAAAGUACGUCACCCGAGUUACCCAUCAACAUGCAUUUCUAUUCAAGUGCCAAACCUUGGCAUUCACUUCUCACCUGCGAGAUAUGGCAGACUUAUGGAAUUGCUAAACAUAUUAUACGGUACAAUGGAAACCUGUGGUCAACCUACUGUUGAUAAUUUCCAAGCUGAACUUGCUCCUUGGAGUCCUACAGAUCUUGCUACUGAUGCUAGAAUCUUAGUUUGGAAGGGGAUUGGCAAUUCUGUGGCUGCUUGGCAGCCAUGUUUUCUUAUGUUGUCAGGUUUAUAUCUUUAUGUUUUGGAGUCGGAAAAGUCCCUGAGCUACCAGCGAAGCACAAGCAUGGCUGGCAGACAAGUGCAUGAGGUUCCUCCAACAAACAUUGGUGGUUCACCAUUUUGUCUUGCUGUGAGUUUUAGGGGGAUGGAUAUUCAGAAAGCUUUGGAAUCUUCUAGUACUUGGGUUGUAGAGUUUCGUGAUGAGGAGGAAAAAGUCACUUGGCUGAAAGGACUUAUACAGGCCACAUAUCAAGCAUCUGCACCUCCAUCAGUUGAUGUACUUGGAGAAAGAAAUGAUUGUCGAGCUGAGUUUGGUGAACCUUCCACAAGUUUGAAAACAGCUGACCUUGUUAUUAAUGGGGCAUUGGUGGAAACAAAGUUAUUUAUAUAUGGAAAGAUUGGAGAUGAAGUUGAUGAGAAACUCGAUGAGACUCUAAUUCUUGAAGUUCUUGCUGGUGGGGGAAAGGUUAACAUAAUAUGUUUGGAAGGUGACCUAACAGUCAAGAUGAAGUUGCACUCCUUGAAGAUUAAAGAUGAGCUUCAAGGUCGUCUCUCUUCAUGUCCGCAGUAUUUAGCUUGCUCUGUGCAGAAGAAUGCAGAAUCAUCUGCUUCCACUGGCCCAUUUGAUCCUCAUGCAAGGGAGAUGUCUAUAGUCCUUCCUGAGGAAGACGAAAUUUUCAAGGACGCUUUGCCAGAUUUUAUGUCUUUAUCAGAAACAGGCAUUUAUUCACAAAAUAUGGAUCUAGCUCAUUGUGGAAUGAUGGGGGACAUCAAUGACCCUGGGUUUGAGUCUUCUGAAGCCUUUUCUCAUGAAAAAGAUCUGUCAAAGGGAAAGGGCAUUUCCAGUGAGAUCUUUUAUGAAGCAGAGGGUACUGAUAAUUCAGAUUUUGUAUCUGUUACCUUCUUGACAAGGAGUUCUGGCUCGCGUUAUUAUAAUGGGGUAGAUACACAGAUGAGUAUUCGCAUGUCCAAACUAGAAUUCUUUUGCAACAGACCCACCCUCGUUGCUUUAAUUGAUUUUGGCUUGGAUAUAAGCUCUGUGAAUUAUGCGGUAAGUGGCAGUGACAUAACAGAAACUUCAGAAGAUGAAUCUUUGAUGAAGAAAGAGAAGACUGAAGAUACAGGACAUGUCAAAGGGUUGCUGGGUUAUGGUAAAGGUCGCGUGGUAUUUUUCUUAGGCAUGAAUGUUGACAGUGUCUCCGUGUAUCUUAAUAAGGAGGAUGGUUCCCAGCUUGCCAUGUUUGUACAAGAAAGUUUCCUGUUGGAUAUUAAGGUCCACCCAAGUUCUCUUUCCAUUGAAGGCACAUUAGGAAAUCUUAGACUCAGUGAUAUGUCUCUUGGAACAGAUCACGGUUGGGGUUGGCUCUGUGAUAUACGUAAUCCGGGGGUUGAAUCUCUUAUUAAGUUCAAAUUCAAUUCUUAUAGUGUUGAAGAUGAUGAUUAUGAAGGAUAUGAUUACAGCCUGUGUGGCCGACUUUCUGCUGUUCGCAUUGUUUUCCUCUAUAGGUUUGUUCAGGAGAUAACAGCGUACUUUAUGGAACUUGCUACCCCACAUACUGAAGAGGCUAUCAAACUUGUUGAUAAAGUUGGAGACUUUGAGUGGUUGAUUCAGAAAUAUGAGAUUGACGGAGCUGCUGCUUUAAAGCUGGACCUUUCACUUGACACACCAAUGAUCAUCAUUCCGAGAAAUUCAACGAGCAAAGAUUUCAUUCAACUUGAUCUGGACCAGCUUCAGGUGACAAAUGAAUUUAGUUGGCAUGGCGGCCCAGAGAAAGAUCCUUCUGCUGUCCAUAUUGAUGUUUUACACGCUGAGAUUCUGGGGAUCAACAUGUCUGUAGGGAUCGAUGGGUUUGUAGGUAAACCUAUGAUUAGGGAAGGCCAAGGAUUUGAUGUUUAUGUGCGCAGAAGUUUGAGAGACGUGUUUAGAAAAGUCCCAACAUUUUCUCUAGAAGUGAAGGUAGGUUUAUUGCAUGGCGUGAUGUCUGACAAAGAAUACAAAGUUAUUCUGGAUUGUGCAUACAUGAACUUAUGUGAGGUACCUAGGCUUCCUCCAAGUUUUCGAGGCAGCAAAUCUGGUUCAAAAGAUACAAUGAAGAUGCUGGUUGACAAGGUCAACAUGAACAGUCAAAUGCUACUCUCACAUACGGUUACCAUAGUGGCGGUUAUAGUCGACCAUGCCUUGUUAGAGUUGUGUAACGGCAUUCAGGAGGAGUCACCCUUAGCUCGUAUUGCACUAGAAGGUCUUUGGGUGUCAUAUCGGAUGACGUCGUUCUCUGAAACAGACCUCUAUGUAACCAUUCCUAAAUUUUCCAUUCUAGAUAUUCGACCUGAUAUAAAACCUGAGAUGCGCCUGAUGCUCGGUUCAUCUACUGAUGCUUCAAAGCAAGCUUCUCCUGGAGAUUUUCCGUUUUUCUCAAAUAAAGGAAGCUUUAGGAGAACAAACUCUGAAGCUGGUGUUGACAUUGAUGUGCCGAUUUCGACAAUGUUCUUGAUGGACUACAGAUGGCGAGUGUCGUCCCAAUCAUUUGUGGUUCGGGUUCAGCAGCCUCGAGUUCUUGUGGUACCUGAUUUCCUUCUUGCCGUGGGUGAGUUUUUUGUGCCAGCUUUGGGAGCAAUUACUGGAAGGGAUGAAACAAUGGAUCCUACAAAUGAUCCCAUAAGUAGGAAAAAUAGCAUUGUACUCUCUGAACCUAUUUACAAACAGAGUGAAGAUGUGGUGCAUAUGUCCCCAAGUAGGCAAUUAGUCGCAGAUUCUCUAGGCAUUGAUGAAUACAUAUAUGAUGGUUGUGGAAAGAUUAUCUGUUUAAGUGAAAAAACAUAUGUAAAGGAAUUCCAUUCAUUCAGAUACCGACCAAUUAUAAUUAUUGGGCGUGGUAAGAGGUUGCGGUUUGUUAAUGUCAAAAUUGAGAAUGGUUCUCUUUUGAGGAAGUAUGCAUACUUGAGUAAUGAUAGCAGCUACUCAGUCUCAUUAGAGGAUGGUGUUGAUGUUACAUUGCUGGACAAGUCUUCAUCUAAUGAUGAAAAAAAGAGUAUACACUACAUGCAUGAAUCGUCAGACACCUCAAAUAUCUCUUCGAAUUCUCAAAAUGAUAUAAAAAGGAUGCAGAGUUUCACGUUUGAAACUCAGGUUGUUUCUCCUGAGUUCACCUUCUACGAUGGUACAAAGUCAUCUAUGGAUGAUUCGUCCUAUGGUGAAAAGCUUCUCCGUGCAAAAUUGGAUUUGAGUUUCAUGUAUGCAUCAAAGGAAAAUGAUACCUGGAUUCGAGCCUUGGUGAAAGAUCUCACUGUUGAGGCCGGUUCUGGUCUUAUCAUUCUUGAUCCAGUGGAUAUUUCAGGGGGAUAUACUUCUAUUAAGGACAAAACAAAUAUGUCUCUGAUAUUGACCAAUAUAUGUAUCCAUCUUUCACUUAGUGCCAUUUCUGUCAUUCUUAAUCUGCAAAAUCAGGCAGCAGCAGCAUUACAAUUUGGCAAUGCAAUACCCCUUGCUCCCUGUACCAACUUUGAUCGACUAUGGGUGUCCCCAAAAGAAAAUGGUUCCCGUUACAACCUUACCUUUUGGAGGCCCCAAGCUCCGUCAAACUACGUCAUAUUGGGAGACUGUGUGACUUCAAGGCCAAUUCCUCCUUCACAGGCAGUAAUGGCAGUAAGCAAUACAUAUGGGCGUGUGAGGAAGCCUAUUGGUUUCAAUCUCAUUGGUUUGUUCUCUCGUAUUCAAGGAUUUGAUAGAGGUGAAGGCCAUUCUGAACUUGAUAGUGAUUGUUCUCUUUGGAUGCCUGUUGCACCGCUUGGAUAUACAGCACUGGGAUGUGUUGCACAUAUAGGAAACCAACCUCCACCAAGUCAUGUUGUUUAUUGCAUACGUUCUGACCUUGUUACAUCGACAAUGUUUUCAGAAUGUAUACAUAGUGCCCCUUCAAAUUCUUGUAUUGCGAAUGGAUUUAGCAUCUGGCGUCUAGACAAUGUUGUUGGAACAUUUUUUGCCCAUUGUUCAACUGAAUGCCCUACAAAAGACAAAAGUUUUGACCUGAAUCAUCUACUUCUCUUGAACUCAAAUCGGCAUCAUUCUGCCUUGAAAGAAUCUGGCUCAGAUUUGACCGAUGAUCAUGACUAUGGAAGUGAACAAACAAAUAAUAAGAGUGCAUAUUCAUCUGGAUGGGACAUUGUGAGAUCAAUUUCAAAAGCAAGUAAUUGUUAUAUGUCCACUCCUAACUUUGAACGAAUCUGGUGGGACAAGGGUGGUGACCUCCGACGGCCAGUCUCAAUAUGGCGACCUAUUGUGCGUCCAGGUUAUGCCAUACUGGGUGAUUGCAUAACUGAAGGCUUAGAACCACCUGCUCUGGGCAUAAUAUUCAAGGCUGAUAAUCCUGAAAUAUCUGCAAAGCCUGUGCAGUUUACUAGAGUCGCCCGUAUCACAGGGAAAGGUUUUGAUGAAGUUUUCUUCUGGUACCCAAUUGCUCCUCCUGGUUAUGCUUCUCUAGGAUGCAUAGUCUCAAGAACAGAUGAAGCACCACGCCUAGAUUCAUUCUGCUGCCCGAGGAUGGAUCUUGUUAACCAAGCCAAUAUUCUUGAGGUUCCCAUCUCCAGAUCUUCCAGUUCAAAAGCCUCUCAGUGCUGGAGCAUUUGGAAAGUUGAAAAUCAGGCCUGCACUUUUCUUGCUCGUUCUGAUUUGAAAAAUCCAUCAAGUCGAUUAGCUUACACUCUUGCUGAUUCCGUGAAGCCAAAGGCUCGGGAAAACAUAACUGCCGAAUUGAAGCUAAGAUGCUUCUCUUUGACCGUUCUUGACAGCUUAUGUGGAAUGAUGACACCACUCUUUGACACAACAAUCACCAAUAUCAAGCUCGUAACACAUGGUCGACUAGAGGCAAUGAAUGCAGUACUGAUUUCCUCUAUUGCUGCAUCGGCCUUCAACACACAAUUAGAAGCUUGGGAGCCCCUUGUUGAACCAUUUGAAGGAAUAUUCAAGUUUGAAACUUAUGAUACCAAUGUACACCAAGCAUCAAAACUUGGGAAGAGAGUGCGUGUUGCUGCUACCAACAUCCUGAAUAUAAAUGUCAGUGCUGCAAAUCUUGAGACUUUUGUUGGGAGCAUUCUUUCAUGGCGAAAGCAGUUAGAGCUUGAACAGAAAGCAGCCAAGCUAAAUGAGGAAGCUGGUCGUCAUCGUAUACGUGGAGACGACCCAACUUUUUCUGCGUUGGAUGAAGAUGACUUUCAGACUGUGAUUUUAGAAAAUAAACUUGGGUGUGAUAUUUAUCUGAAAAAAGUUGAGCAUUCGGAUACAGUUGACCAGCUAAAUCAUGGUGACUACACUUCUGUUUGGAUUCCACCUCCAAGGUUUUCAGACAGGUUAAAUGUUGCAGAUGAAUCAAGGGAAGAACGUUAUUAUGUAGCUAUACAGAUUCUUGAAGCCAAGGGUUUACCAAUCAUUGAUGAUGGAAAUAGCCAUAAUUUUUUCUGUGCUUUGCGCCUUGUCAUUGAUAGUCAGGCAACAGAUCAGCAAAAGCUUUUUCCUCAGAGCGCAAGGACGAAAUGUGUUAAACCUUUAGUUUCAAAACUCUACAACCUUGAUGCAGGCACUGCAAAGUGGAACGAACUUUUCAUAUUUGAAGUUCCUCGGAAGGCCCCAGCUAAGUUGGAAGUGGAGGUGACAAACCUAGCGGCAAAAGCUGGAAAAGGUGAAGUUGUCGGGUCCCUUUCCUUUUCUGUUGGACAUGGUGCAAAUAUGUUGAAGAAGGUAGCUUCAGUGAGGAUGUUGAAUCAACCACAUAAUGUUCAGAAUAUGGUAUCGUAUCCUCUAAGGAGAAGGCAGAACAAUGUUGAAGACAUGCAUGACCAGGGUUGCCUACUGGUAUCUACUACUUAUUUUGAGAGGAAGACUGUUGCAAACUUAAAAAUAGAUGCAGUAAAUGAGAAUGUUAUUGAUAGAGACAUAGGAUUUUGGGUUGGGCUUAGACCGGAGGGCAUGUGGGAGAGUGUUCGGUCAUUGCUUCCAAUGUCAGUGGUGCCCAAAUCAUUCCAGAAUGAUUUUAUUGCUAUGGAAGUUGUCUUGAAAAAUGGCAAGAAGCACGUAAUUUUCAGGGGUCUUGCAACAGUUGUAAAUGAUACGGAUUUUAAAUUAGAUAUUUCAGUAUGUCAUGUGUCUUUGAUUCAUGGUCAUGGUCCCUCAGUGGUAGAAGAGAUUUUUGAAAAUCAACGUUAUCAUCCAAUUUCUGGUUGGAAUAACAAGUGGCCUGGCUUUCGUAGUGAUGAUCCAGGGCGUUGGAGUACCAGGGACUUCUCAUAUUCAUCGAAAGAUUUCUUUGAACCUCGCCUUCCCUCUGGAUGGAAAUGGACUUCAACUUGGACAACUGAUAAAUGUCAAUUUGUUGACAACGAUGGCUGGGCAUAUGGUCCUGACUUCAACAGUUUGAAAUGGCCGCCAACAUCUUCAAGGUCUUGCACCAAGUCAGCUGUUGAUGUUGUGCGCCGAAGGCGAUUGAUUCGUACAAGGCAAAAAUCUCUCGAGCAAGACGGUAAUUGCAUGAAGAGUGUCUUUACUACCAUAAGUCCUGGGGCUUCUGCUGUUUUGCCUUGGAGAAGUACAUCCAAGGAUUCUGAUCAGUGUUUAGAAGUUCGUCCUUGUGUAGAUCAUCCUGAACCCCCAUAUUCAUGGGGUUGUGCAGUUGCCGUUGGUUCUGGCUCUGUGUAUGGAAAGGACGAGCCUUUCAUGGAUCAACGUUCACUCUAUAGCCAAAAGCAGGAAACUAAGAUGCCCAAUUUUGCAUUCAAGUUGAAUCAGCUCGAGAAGAAGGAUAUAAUUUUGCAUUGUUCUAGCACUGGAAGCAGACAAUGUUGGCUUAGUAUAGGAGCAGAUGCCUCAAUUCUUCAUACUGAACUGAAUUCACCUGUUUAUGAUUGGAGAAUAUCUGUUAACUCCCCUUUGAAGUUGGAAAAUCGACUUCCAUGUCCAGCUGAGUUCACAAUCUGGGAAAAAGCAAAUGAAGGGAGUUGCAUUGUACGACAGCAUGGUAUAAUCUCUUCACGAAGGAGUGCACAUAUUUAUUCAGCAGAUAUUCAGAAACCAAUUUACCUUACAUUGUUUGUUCAGGGUGGUUGGGUACUGGAGAAGGACCCUAUUCUUAUUUUGGAUAUUUCUUCCAUUAACCAUGUCUCAUCUUUCUGGAUGGUUCACCAGCAAAGUAAAAGGAGAUUGCGUGUGACCAUCGAACGUGACUUGGGAGGAACCAGUGCUGCUCCCAAAACCAUUAGGUUUUUUAUUCCAUAUUGGAUUAUUAAUGAUUCAUCUCUGCCUUUAGCAUAUCGAUUGGUGGAAGUGGAACCUUUGGAUAAAGCAGAUAUGGAUACCAUGAUACUUUCUAGAGCAGUUAAGUCUGCUAAAAUAGCCUUGAAACAUCCUACGAACUCAAUGGACAGGAGACAUUCUGGCCCAAGGAGAAAUAUUCAAGUACUUGAAGUAAUUGAGGAUACUACUCCAAUUCCCAGCAUGCUUUCUCCACAAGACUAUGUGGGCAGAAGCGGGAUUAUAUCGUUUACUUCUAACAAAGAUUCAAAUAUGUCCUCAAGGGUUGGCAUUGCUGUUGCUAUUCGUAAUUCUGAAAUUUACAGUCCUGGGAUUUCUCUUCAUGAGCUGGAAAACAAGGAACGGGUUGAUGUCAAGGCAUAUAAUUCAGAUGGAUCUUACUACAAGCUUUCAGCAAUGCUGAACCUGACCUCAGACAGAACAAAGGUUGUUCAUUUUCAGCCGCACACCUUGUUCUUUAACAGGAUUGGUUGCAGUCUCUGCCUGCAGCAGUGUGAUUCUCAGUCGGUGGCCUGGAUUCAUCCCACUGGUCCUCCAAAACCCUUUGGGUGGCUGUCUUCUGCUAAAGUUGAACUGUUGAAGUUGCAGCUGGAUGGAUACAAAUGGAGUACACCAUUUAGUGUUUGUACAGAAGGAGUGAUGCGCACUUGCUUGAAGAAGCAUAUUGGAAAUGAUCAGAUACAAUUAAGGGUAGAAGUAAGAAGUGGAGGAAAGAACUCCCGCUAUGAAGUUAUUUUCCGCCCAAAUUCAUUAUCAAGUCCUUACAGGAUUGAAAAUCGUUCGAUGUUUUUACCCAUUCACUUUCGGCAAGUGGAUGGCACCAGUGAUUCGUGGCAGUUUCUUCUACCUAACUCAGCUGCUUCUUUUCUGUGGGAAGAUCUUGGUAGAAGACGUUUGUUGGAACUCCUGGUAGAUGGGACUGAUCCAUUGAAAUCAGAGAAGUAUGAUAUUGAUGAAACUUUUGAUCACCAACCAAUCGAUGUGGUGGGUGGACCUGCUAAAGCUCUACGUGUUACAAUUCUAAAAGAGGAGAAAAUGAAUGUCAUCAAGAUUAGUGACUGGAUGCCAGAAAAUGAGCCUACAGGAAUCUUGAGUAGAAGGCAUUCAUCACUUUUAUCAGAGGUUUCUGGAAAUGACUUUCAACAGCAACAAUUAGCAUCCCUCUCAGAUUGUGAAUUUCAUGUUAUUUUUGAGCUGGCUGAGCUUGGAAUAUCCAUUAUUGACCAUACACCGGAGGAAAUAUUAUACCUGUCAGUGCAGAAUCUUCUUCUGGCAUAUUCAACCGGCUUGGGCUCUGGAAUCAGUAGGUUUAAACUGAGAAUGCGUGGAAUACAAGUGGAUAACCAGUUGCCAUUGACUCCAAUGCCAGUUCUCUUCAGGCCACAGAGAGUUGGGGAGGAGACUGAUUAUAUCUUGAAAUUUUCCUUGACAAUACAAUCAAAUGGGUCAUUAGAUCUCUGUGUCUAUCCAUAUAUUGGUGUCCAUGGACCUGAAAAUUCGGCCUUUUUAAUCAACAUUCCUGAACCCAUCAUUUGGCGCCUUCAUGAAAUGAUCCAGCAGGUCAACCUCAACAGAUUAUGUGACACACAUACAACUGCUGUUUCAGUUGAUCCAAUCAUUCAGAUUGGAGUUCUUAACACCUCAGAAGUUCGAUUCAAAGUUUCAAUGGCAAUGUCACCAAGUCAACGACCAAGGGGUGUACUUGGGUUUUGGUCAUCCUUGAUGACAGCAUUGGGGAACACUGAGAAUAUGCCAGUCAGGAUAAAUCAAAGGUUCCAUGAGAACAUGUGCAUGAGGCAGAGUUCCAUGAUUAGUAUUGCUAUUUCAAACAUUCGGAAGGAUCUUUUGAGCCAACCUCUUCAACUGCUCUCUGGUGUCGACAUAUUGGGUAAUGCAAGUAGUGCACUUGGACAUAUGAGUAAAGGUGUGGCUGCCUUAUCAAUGGAUAAGAAGUUCAUUCAAAGCCGGCAGAAACAGGAAAACAAGGGUGUGGAGGACCUUGGUGAUGUUAUCAGAGAGGGUGGUGGAGCAUUCGCAAAAGGCCUAUUCAGAGGCGUUACUGGCAUAUUAACAAAGCCUCUUGAAGGUGCAAAAACUUCUGGUGUUGAGGGAUUUGUUCAGGGUGUUGGAAAAGGAAUAAUAGGUGCAGCUGCGCAACCAGUGAGUGGAGUUUUGGAUCUAUUAUCAAAAACUACCGAAGGUGCCAAUGCAAUGAGAAUGAAGAUAGCGUCUGCUAUAACGUCCGAUGAACAACUCCUUCGCAAGAGACUGCCUCGUGUAAUUAGUGGUGAUAAUUUGCUUCGACCAUAUGAUGAGUACAAAGCACAGGGACAGGUUAUACUGCAGCUGGCAGAGUCUGGUUCAUUUUUUGGUCAGGUUGAUCUAUUUAAAGUACGCGGAAAGUUUGCCUUGUCAGAUGCUUAUGAAGAUCACUUUUUACUCCCAAAAGGGAAAAUCUUGGUGGUCACCCACCGUAGGGUCAUGUUGUUGCAACAACCCUCCAACAUCAUUGCUCAGAGGAAGUUCAGCCCGGCAAGGGAUCCAUGUUCGGUACUGUGGGAUGUACUGUGGGCUGACCUGGUGACAAUGGAAUUGACACAUGGAAAGAAAGACCAUCAAAAUGCUCCACAUUGUCGGCUCAUUCUUUAUUUACAGGCUAAAUCAACAGAGUCGAAAGAACAAGUUCGCGUUAUAAAAUGCAACCCUGAAACCAACCAGGCUCUUGAAGUUUACACUUCAAUUGAGCAAGCAAUGAACACUUAUGGGUCAAACCUUUCAAAGGAAAUACUAAAAAGGAAAGUGACAAAACCGUAUUCACCAAUUGCUGAUGGAUCCAGUGUUGAAGCCACUUGGAAAGAAGGCAUUAGCACCUGGUCUCCCCCACAGGUGCCCAGCUCAGUUCCACUAAGUUCAACUUUCGGUAGCAGCACUGAUCAAAUUUAAAAGUCAGUACCCGUGAGGAAAUAUCAUCCAUGGCUUUCUGCUCUCAUCUGGUCAUAAGAACCAACCAUUAUUGUAUUUUCCCGUACUGUUUGAAAGGUACUAAAGAUUAGCAGAAGCCAUUGCAUAGACACUUUCCAGUGGCCUUUGUAGAGGUUCCAAAUAGAAUGGAUGCAAUACAUAUUACUGAUAUGUUUGUAUUGUACAGUAAGUACCUCCUGCAAUUGGUUCUCAGCAGCUUCAAAAAAUGUACAGCUUUUAAGACCCUUGUAUAUUUGUAUAGUAUUUCUUGUAUAUGUGAGAUUUAGAGAAAGGCAGCCAAUUAAUUGGUCAUUAGAAAAUUGGUUCCCAUGAAGGCCCUUAAUUUACUGAUCAGCAAGGAAAUCCCAAUUGUUAUACCUGUUUUGUUCUCAAAUGAUUACCUUUUCAUUGAUCAAGAGCUGUAUUUCCCUUGCCUCAAACCUGAGGCAUCAUCCUCUUUCUAUGGUAAGAAGAAUCCAUAUAUUUUAUUUACUCGAUAGUUCUAUAAAAAGGUUGUGAAGUGACCCUUUUCCUCGA